AUGUCUUCCUCACCACCCAACGCCACGGAAGCGGACACGACAGACGAAGAGGGCGCGUACAACCCCUUCCAAGACGAGCAGACGAUCAUCAGCUGGUGGGUCUUCACCAACACGGCGCGCCGGGAAAUUGAGGAGCAGCAGGCGAAACCACUCUACAAGCCCGAAACCACCGUGGAUCAGCUCAACGACAACAUGCCAAAGCAGCUGGUUCCAGUGAAGGUGCCGCAGGAGCAGCUUGAGGAAGAUGAAGCGAUCAACGCUGCUAUCAUUCGCAGCCACAAGCGUAUUGCUGAUGCUAUGAUGGGGGACUGUGACGUCUGCUAUGAGUCGCUGGCUACGAAGACGGGCUACCUGAUGCGAUGCGGCCAUGUGGCGUGUGUGGGGUGCAUGUUGAAGUGGCUGAAGGCCAGCCGCAACUGUCCAUCGUGCCGCAGAGAAGUUGAUCACGAUGAGUCUGUGCUCGUGCAGCUCGUCACUGCCGAUGAGGCGCGCGAGAGGGAGGUAUUUCUCAGGGACGAAGCUUCGAAGAACACCGAUGGAGGAGAGGCCGACAAGAAGGACUCGGAGGAAUGCUGA